AUGCUUCUUGCGAAGGUGGAGGGUUCAGAGAAGUUAGAAGAAGGCGACCAAGCAUCCCAAUUAAGCCAAUUCCUUGAGGGAUAUAGAGCAGGGAGAACAAUAAAGAAGAAAGUCAGUGGCCCUUCCUUCAUGGGUUUCAUGCACUCUCUUGUCAGCAUGAACUCAUUAUACAUUCUCAUGUUUGUUGUUGCUCUUCUCGGUGUCAUGAUGUACUUUACUGGCCAAGAUGAUACUCAGCCAAGACGGGUUCAUGACGAGUGA